UCCUCCUACUUCAAAGCGGCUCUUCCAAAAUGGCGCCCUUGGACUUGGAUAAAUACGUGGAGAUCGCGCGACUCUGCAAGUACCUGCCUGAGAACGACCUCAAGCGCUUGUGUGACUAUGUGUGUGACCUGCUCCUGGAAGAAUCUAAUGUGCAGCCUGUUUCUACGCCAGUUACCGUCUGUGGAGACAUACAUGGACAGUUUUAUGAUUUAUGUGAAUUGUUUCGAACUGGAGGUCAGGUUCCUGACACAAACUAUAUAUUUAUGGGUGACUUUGUAGACAGAGGUUACUACAGCCUUGAGACAUUCACAUAUCUUCUUGCCCUAAAAGCAAAAUGGCCUGAUCGUAUCACACUCUUGCGUGGAAAUCAUGAAAGCAGACAGAUAACACAAGUGUACGGAUUUUAUGAUGAAUGCCAAACUAAAUAUGGUAAUGCUAAUGCCUGGAGAUAUUGCACCAAAGUCUUUGACAUGCUUACAGUAGCAGCGUUAAUAGACGAGCAGAUACUCUGUGUACAUGGGGGCCUGUCUCCAGACAUCAAAACACUUGAUCAGAUCCGAACUAUUGAGCGCAACCAAGAGAUUCCACACAAAGGAGCUUUUUGUGACCUUGUCUGGUCUGACCCAGAAGACGUCGACACCUGGGCUAUUAGUCCUCGAGGAGCUGGCUGGCUGUUUGGAGCAAAAGUUACCAAUGAGUUUGUCCACAUCAACAACUUAAAGCUCAUCUGCAGAGCCCAUCAGCUGGUUCACGAAGGCUAUAAAUUCAUGUUUGAUGAGAAGCUGGUAACGGUAUGGUCUGCUCCGAACUACUGCUAUCGCUGUGGAAAUAUUGCUUCAAUCAUGGUCUUUAAAGAUGUAAAUACAAGGGAACCAAAGCUCUUCCGGGCAGUCCCAGACUCUGAACGUGUGAUCCCGCCAAGAACGACCACACCGUAUUUCCUUUGAGACACCACUCAGCUUCUUGUACUGUUUCUCUGCGGCAUACUUUUUAUCGAGCACUUUGCUGCUGAAAUGUUGCCUCUUGCCUUUUUUAUUUUUAAAUUAUCUAAGUGUGUUGUAUAUUGUGUCUGUAGCGAUGCGUCUCUUGAUCCUUUCUGCACAUCUUUUGUACCCCGCCUCCCUUCCCAAGACUUGUCUGCGAGUGCUUGUGAAAUGACUCUAGCACUUCUCCUGCUGGCGGUGGUUCUUGCAUAUCUGUGGGA